CAAACUCUUCUCAUGACAUCAUGACGAAUCGGAGCUUCUAGCAGGUCCGAUGUGGAAACUUGAAAUAUGAUCAUCUCAGCUUUUUCUCCCCUUUUCCAUGCAUCUUUUUGAAGUUUCUGAAUUAGAGUCUACGGAAGAAGAGUCACUGAUAAGUCGAACAGUAACUCGAUUUCCAACAUCUUCGUUCACCCAGUCUACGAAAACCAACACUUCCCCUCGCUCACCAUAUCACGAACUUGCACAACUCGAAGAAGCUAUCUAUCACCAAAGUCACCAUGUCCGCCCCCGUAGCAGCCUCCUCGGCCACCGCGCCCCCUAUCGACGUGAGCAACCUCUUCUCCGUCAAGGGUCUUGUCGCUCUCAUCACAGGCGGUGGUUCCGGAAUCGGCCUAAUGAUGACUCAAUCCCUCGCCUCGGCCGGCGCUAAACGUAUCUACAUUGCCGGUCGCCGCCUUUCCGUCCUGCGAUCCGCCGCCCACAAAAUCAACUCCUCUCUCCCCCAGAACCAGAACCCGAACCAGGAACCGGUAGUCGUCCCCCUCGAAUGCGACGUCACCUCCCCUUCUUCCCUCUCCUCUCUCGUCUCUUCCAUCAGUUCCGAUCCGUACACCGGCUACCUAAACCUGCUCGUCUGCAACGCCGGCGUCGGCGGGCCGCAGGUUUCUGUCGUUGACAAAGAGACUGGCCAAGCAAAGAGUCUCUCAGAGUUUCGCCAACAAGCUCUGGCGGUGGACUUUGACAAGGAGUGGGAGCAGACGUUUAGAGUGAAUGUGGGCAGCGUGUGGUAUACGAGUAUGGCGUGUUUGGAACUUUUGGAGAAGGGGAAUACGUUGGCGGCGCAGCAGCAGCAGGAGGGACAGGGACAGGGACAGGUGGUGUGGAGGGAGAGUGCCAGUCAGAUUGUGGUGACGAGCUCGAUUGCGGCUCUCAAUAAGGCGGCUCCGGGCGGGUGGGCUUAUGGAGUGAGUAAGGCUGCGGCGACGCAUGUGGGGAAGCAGUUGGCUACGCUGUUGCCUAGGUGGGGGAUUCGGUGAGUUUUUGGUUCUUUUCUUUUCUUGUCCUGUUGUUUCGCGAUGAAGGACUGGAUGGAGGGAAUGUGGUGAAGAGUAGGGGGGAAGAGGUGAAGAAAGAGGUGAAAAAAGUUGGACAGACUGGCGGCUUUCAAGUGAGAAAAGUUGGGAAUAUGGUUCGGGACGAGUGUCCCUGUAAGCCCAACUCCUGGAGGCUUCUUGGUUUGUUGUCUUAUCCUGCAACGUAAUUUGCCCCGGCCUCUUCCCCUCCGACAUGGCCGCUCCCAUCGUCCAAGCCGCUGGCGGCUCCAUGACCGGUGGAGGUGUCAUCCCUCUCGACAAGAAGACGGUCCCUCUCGGUCGCAUGGGCGAUGAGUUUGACAUGGCUGGGCAAAUCCUUUAUCUGGCUUCGCGGGCCGGAGCGUACCUGAAUGGAAACGUGAUUGUCGUCGACGGUGGACGGUUGACUACGUUUCCUAGUACUGGGUAUUAAGUAACAGAAGAUGGGAUGGUGCUGGGUACGAAGGCGUGGGGUGUUUUUGGGGAAGGAGAUAGUAGAUAUGGACAGGUGAGGGAAAAUGGGAGGUAUAAAGAGGGUAGAGAAUAAGAGCCUGUUAACUGUUCGUAGACUUGAUGGUUGAAU